AUGUCACGUAAUAUUGUUCGUAAAUCGGAUUAUGGUGCUCCACCGGCUAGAAUGUCAGCUGGAGCUCCUCCUAGCCUUCCAGUGCGGCGCGCUUCCAAAGGUGGUUUCAGAAAUGUUACUAGUACAAUUAGUCGUAAGCGACGAUCGGAAGGUAAUCUGGAAACGGAGGAUUCGGAUUCGGAACAAGCAUCCACAGCCGAUGACCAGGAAGAGAAUGGAAGUGGUGAUGAUAUAAAAAAGGAAGAAGAGCAAGAGGAGAAAAUCAAGAAGACGCCCCGUAAAAAACGUCGAUUUAGGUUAACGGAUUCAAUAGCAAAAAGCAAAAGACGUGCUGAACGAAGGGCACAAUUAGCAGCCGAACGUAAAGAGCGUGAAGAAUCCAAACAGCAGCAGGAGGACGAAGUUAAUGAUGAAGUGAAGGAACAUUCAUUGACACCGCCACCGCUUCCCAAAGCAUCAACUGUUCUUACGUAUUCACCCAUGCAGCUUUUUUGCGACAGUUUGUUACGUAAGAUGAAAGCCAAAGAUCCCGAUGAAUAUUUUGCAUUCCCAGUGACACAGUCGAUGGCACCAGAUUAUCAUGAAAUAAUCAAGGAACCGAUGGAUUUUGCCACAAUUCGACAGAAAAUCGAUCGGGAUGAUUAUCCAGAUAUUACGACUUUUAAGAAGGAUGCCGAAUUAAUUGUUCAUAAUGCAAUGGAUUAUAAUUCACCUGGGACUGUGUAUUACAUAGCAGCUCAAAAGAUGGAUCUAAUUGUACAGUUUUAUUUCUCAGAACCAUAUUUGCGCUAUCUUUUUCAUACCCUUCCGUUCAGCAAGGAGAUCCCGCUGGAAAAGUUAGGUCUGACAUUGAAAACCAAAGCGCGACCACUACCAAAAGCGGAUUACAAAACGGCAGUUGUUGAUGAUGCAACACCGUCAACUGUUUUGGAAGCAGUAGAUCCAUCUUUGAAACAAAAGUUAUCCAGUCGUAUUCCUGAUCUUAGGAUUUUUCCUACUGGUGAUCAGGAGGACGGCAUAGAACCAAAAAGUCACCUUGCAUUUUUGGAUAACAAAGAUGGCGCUAUUUGUUUGAAUGUUAUCAAUCCGAGUUCAUCGGAGAAAAAAAUUAUCACUCUUGGAGAUAUUGUGGGUAAGCUAGAGGAAGGCACACCAGGACUUUGUGCUCCUCAAGAACACAAGUCAAACCAUCAGAUUCCGAUUUCCUAUGUUUCAUAUGGACCAUUCAGUUCUUUUGCACCUCAGUUUGAUUCUACGUGGGCAACACUUUGCGAACGAGAUUCGCGUUUACUGUUGGGCACCUACGGAGAUAGAACUAAUGUAACAAAUGCCAUAUCCUUACGAGAAAUGGUUGAUAAUUGCGGCGAGUAUAUGAUCAAAGUUGUUGAUGAUUUGCUAGAUACUUUGACAAACGGUGAACAUCGCAGAACUAUCAAAGCUUUGGAAACUGAUGCGGACAAAAGCAGUGUUUCUCAGAUGAAAAAUGCAGUGGAUAAAAUUGAUUUGAAUAAAUUGUUGAAUGAUGUUGAGUCACUCGAAAAUAUUGGGAUUGAUGUUUCAUUCACCAGUGAUAUAAGGAAAUUAUACAAACUGCAAACGGUACAAGAAACUCGUCAGGCUACGUUGAAUAAAACUGGUGUAAUGAUCAGUGAUCUAGCGUUGCUACAAAAAAAUCGACUUAAUUCGGUCCCACCGACUACUCUAACUGAACAGCCGCCACCUAGCAGUCAAGAGCUUAACUUAGCCAACAAAGUGCAAGGAAAAUUGCACAGCCAAAUAGCGCAGUACGCCAAACCUGGAAAUGUUAUCUCCCCACCUGUAAUUCAUAAUGCUGUAGGCUUAAAUGAAGAGGAUAUUGACUUGUUGAAUGAAUUUUUCACUGCCGCACCGCCAACCACUGUGGUGUAG